GGGUUGGGUUUGAUGGUUUGAAUGAUUUGCGAGUGCGUGGCUGAGCUGUGGUGGCAAACAGUCAAGGGAAAUAAAGAAAAUGAUUUAACUGGCACGUGCCGGUGACCGCGUGCUGUGUAGAGCCGACGGCCGAUUAAGUGUGGAGAAAUGCGAGCAGAGAAUACAAUGGGGGAUUGCUUGAUCGAAGGGUAUCUGACUGAGCGGAGACGGGGCCCAGGACACAGGGGUGGGAAAAAUGAAAAGAGACUUGUUUGGAUCAGAGUGGAUUGAUUGUUCUUUUGGUUCAGAGAUGAGGUCAGAAGAAUGCGGCGAGGUGUAACUUAGCUUCGGUGGGAAAAGAAAAGGAUGUUUGGAAGCUUAAUAGGCAAUAAGCGAGGUUUUGGUUGGUGAAUGGCGGCUAGCUGUGGAGGCGAAGGAAGGACUCAGAAAAGGAUAGUUAGUUACAGUGGAAGCGGCGCUUGGAGUUGAUAUAUGAAUGAAUGCGCAGUCUUCCUGUGGGAAAGAAGAAGAACAUUUGGGAAAGAAAGGGAGACAGAAUUGCUCAUGAAUCCUUCGCCAGCGCCUGGGGCUGGGUUGAAGCGUAGCAUUCACGAACAUGAUGACGCCGGGUGAGGGGGUGAGCCAGUCAUGUUCAAGGAAUCGUUUCAGCCUCGUACCUUUUCUUUGCGCCAGUGGUUUAGCGGAUGCAAAAAAGCAGACACCAUGACUCGAUUUGCUGUUAAAGGAAACCUGGAAAUGGGACAGACACACACAUACAAAACACCUCUAUCCUUGUGCUUACAUUACAGGGUCUGAAGAAUCCUUGAUGGUCAGCCAUGUUGCCGGGCGUGGCUGGUAACAACAGCCUUAUUUGUGGGGGGGGGGAUGUCAAUGUCUGCACUGUCUGCAGUCGGCGAAUCUGCUGCAUCAUCUCAGUGGCUUGUCGCCCCCAAAACAUGUUAAACUCGUUUGCUGUUGAGCCACAACGUGGUCAGAACUUACAAGACACAAGGGGGUAAGCGGGUGAGGGUCCUUGCUGAAGAAGCAAUUAAACACCAAGAGUGAUAUAUGAGUUGCGAGGGGUCUUGGGUUGUUCAUUUGGAACCCACAAUAUCCUUGUUGACCAAAACUUGAUACAAGCAGACAGACAAGACAGGCUGGCUGGGCUUUGCAGGUUUAGGCAUCGUUAGGGCAGACAGGUGCCUAGAGCCCUUGGGCACGCGGCCAACGGCGAGGGACUUAAAAGGAUCGCCAUCAUGUUGCUGUUCUCUUUCUUCGUUGUCAUCAAAUGACUCCCUCUUGCGGUAUUCUGGCUGUGGGCUCCGGAGGGUAUCUUGUCACCACUUUAAAUACUUGAGCGAGUACCUGGGUUGGUGGUUUUAACAAUCAAUUCUACACAUUUACUCGAUCUAGGAAGAUACCAACAAUGGCGCCCACGAACUCCGAGCCAGUUUACUUCUGGAAACCAGAAUCAGAGAACGGCUAUCUGGGUCAAUGGUAUCCGUCAGAGUUUACUUGGGACAGGAAUCUUGAUGACGAGGAUGACGGCGUCGAAACCCUCAAAUAUGACAAUGCUGAACAAUACAUGAUGCACCAAAAGGGCCUCCUUUUCGCGCCAGACGACCCCGUCACGCACCAGAUUCUCUCACAGGACUCCACACCACCCCAUCCCGCAGAGCUCAGGAGCCUAGGCCGGCAAAUUCCCGACUUCGACGACGCAGUGUGGAAGAAACAUCGCUAUAAGAUCGUCGUCGAGGGCAAUUACCUCAAAUUUACUCAGGACCCUCAGCUCAAAGCAAAGCUUUUGGCUACGAGGGACAGGGAACUGGUGGAGGCCAGUCCGCGGGAUCGGAUAUGGGGUGUGGGGUUCGGGGCGAAGAAUGCUGGCGCGAGGAGGAAGAACUGGGGUUUGAAUUUACUUGGAAAGGCGUUGAUGGAGGUAAGGGAACGGAUUCGAAAGGAAUUAUUGGAAGAAGAGGAGCUGGCGAUUGGUGGUAGUGGCGGUGGUGGCGGUGGAGAGAAGGCUGUGUAGUAAAUACCUGCUCAUGGCUAGGGUUGUUAGGCUUUCGCCGCCGUCAUAUUUGAAGUGAUAGUUAUCUCCCAAGAACCGACAAUACCCCGAAAGGAGAUACUUUUACCUUUGACGAAUCCUAUGAUCUUGCUUUGGGUAUAUUUAUGCUAUUGUGGACUAUAGUUAUAUAUAUUUCUACUCUGCUGUACGGACCACGGAGUGCAGUCGACUAGUUAUUUUAAAUAAGCUGGAAAAUCAACUUUGAAUUCAAUUCUCGCCCAACCUGACAGUCAACCUCACUCACCCUCAUACCAUACCUCAUAUCAAUUCCCGUCAUCGAAAAACUCCCUCCCUCCCAUGUUCAACCCAGAAAACAUCGGAGUUUCGCAUCGGAGUUUCUUUCCUUCCCGGAUGUUAGUUACGGAGCACAUACUAACUAACGAAUGGCUCCGGGUCAUAAUGUUCCAACACUGUCAAGCUUUCAUCAACGUCAUACUGACCCAUCGUUCCCAGAAAUAACUUACCUUAUAAAGUGUGCCAAAACUAAGUUAACAAAAGAUAUAAUUACAUAUGAUACCUAGCGAGGUCCCCUCAAACCCAAGCAAAGGCUUCUUAAGGAGAAAAGAAAUCUCACUCGUGCUAUAAACCAAUUUUUUUUUUUUUCUUUUUUCUUUUUGAACCACGUCCAUUUAGUGCGAAGCAAAACACCUGUCCGUCCUUGCCUCCCCACCAUGUUUUUUUGGAUACCAUUUCCGCUUUGCUUCCAAUUCGGAACAGACCAGAAUCCGUGUCGUUGCAAAGUAGUUGGUCCGACUUUAGGGUUCCUCACGACUAUCUUAAGUGCUAUCGUGCUGUGGCCUGCAUCACUCUUUUGCGGGUGCUGGGCUACCAAGACCGGGACCCAGCUUCUCGGGGCUCCAGUGGAGUGGAACGGAAAAGUCAACCAGGCCAUCCCAUUCUGAUCAGGGGCGUUCGAACGGAUGUAUAUUCAUGUGGAACCAGUUAGGUAUCAGAAUUAUGCUGCAUGUUAGAUGGUUGAUAUUUGCGCAUGAAAAAACUUUCAAUGCAUAGAUAGUGUGCAUUGAUUUUAUAAGGACAAAUUCAACCUUUCUUUUCUUUUGGGGAUAUUGUGAAUUUCUCUUUGAAGAUAUUUUGUUGUCUUUCCACAAGGGUUUCAGAUGAUAACUAAAUAUAUUCUGAAUACAUUCUUUUCCUAUGGGAUUUCUCUUAUCACUUAACUGCAGCAAUUUCAGGUUCAGUAAGUCUUGAACAUAUCAAUCAUAUCAACAUUUUGACACAGCACAUUCUAGAUUGACUGCCAACAUGUUCUAUGAAGUACCUCUUCAAUCUGAGCUGGAUUGGAAUUGAAUUUAUUCUGAUUCAAGUUGAGGUACUUUUUUACUGUUCACUACACAGCACACAGGAACAACACACAAAAUGAGCCAGUGCUCAGUGCUGAUGUUAAGCCUGCUACUUGACAUGACAUUGCCAAUGAAU